AUAAACGCCGUCUCCACCGAGAAGAAAAGCCUCCGGCCGGCGGCAACAAUGUGUGGCCGCGACGACGACUGCUACCUGACGAGGGAUGAAGUCAAGUACCUCUUCAUCUGCUUCGGCGUCGUCGCGGUCGUGGUCCUCCUCGCCGUCCUCCUGGCCGCCUUCGUCUACCUCCGCCACGUCACCAUCACCGUCGAGGACGCCUCGCUCACCAGGUUCGACCUGCUCACCUCCCCGGUGACGGGGAUCGCCUACAACCUCUCGGUCACCCUCAAGGUCCGCAACCCCAACUGGGCGAUGAGCAUGAAGAACGUGGAGCCGUUCGUGGCCGCCUACCGGUUCGACGGCCAGCAGUUCGACCGCGUGCAGGUCGCCGCCACGGGCGACAAGCACCCCGCCGGCGCCACCAGGGUGUACCACCUCACCUCCUCGUCCAAAGGCGCCUUCGUGUCCCUGGGCAGCGCCGGCGAGCAGGAGUACAAGAAGGAGAGCAAGACGGGGACGUUCGACGUGGAGGUGGCGCUGACCCGCAAGGUGAGCUACACGGCGCGCUACACCAAGUGCAAGAUCGAGGCCGUGUGCCCGCUCAAGCUGCAGCUUGUCAAGCCGGACUCCACCACCGUCGUCUUCCAGAAGGUGACGUGCAAGCUCCAGAAGGCCGAGAAGAACUGCUAGCUAAUUACUCUACUGGUGUAUGCAUGCAUGGAUUGAUCAUGUUCGUGGUUUGUGUGGCCACGAUCAUCAUUAAUUACUUUUAUCAUUCCAUCACACCAUUUGCCCGUUCGUUUGGAAUUCA